AUGCGUACUCACGCCAGCUCGGCCUCCUCGGGCGACAUCCAGGCCGGCGCUACUUCUCCAGACGCCAUCAAUCGUUCUCGUUCGAGGGGGCGUGCCUCUUUUGUCGGUGCAACCGCCGAGCAGCUUCCGAGACAGAACAAUCGCUCCUCGUCCAGGGCGAGCUUCCUCGGGCGGCCACGACAGCGUGUCUACCAAAUCUAUAACGACGGCGAGACCGACGGCACUGCUGACGGCCAGCAGCGAUGGAGAUCCGAGUCCAGGACUGUGAGGGGCAGUCUCGAAGAUGAUGAUGGCUUUGUCUUUACCGACGAUGACGAGCCACAGAAUCAAGCUCGCUCGAACCCGCACAAGACCAGGGCAGAGGCAAAGGCUCAAAAGCUCACCUCAACAGCAGAGGAGGAGACCGUCUCGCGAUCGGGACACACCACCGUCACCUCCAACUCUGCCCCCACCGCCGCUGCGCCUAUCGAUCCGGAAAAGAUGCCCAAGUCUGCUCAAGGAUCCGGACACGUCAAGCCGCCAACCGACGUUGAGGCACAGCAAAAGCCAACCAAGCCUGUCUCGCGCCUCUCCCGCAUUCCCUACCCUAUCGCCCAUUUCCUCGGCUACCGUCGCAAGACCACCGAGGGUCGUGCGCUCAUACGUCCCGCUGAGAAACUCCCACGCAAGUUAGAAACAUUACUCUGGGCGUGGAUCGGCGCCAUGCUCGGUCUCGGCUUCGUCAUGAUCACCUUUUCGCGCUGGGACCAGUUUGCCAUGUCGACCAACGACCCCGUGACCGCCUGGACGGCGCCCAUCGUGAUUGGCUCCUUUGGCGCUUCGAGCGUCAUCCUCUACGGCACGCCCGCAUCGCCCCUCGGUCAACCAAAGGCGUUCGUCGGCGGUCAGUUCCUCUGUGCCCUCACCUCGGUCUGCAUCACCAAGCUCUUUGAGCUCAACAGCAAGUACAACCCCAACCUCAUCGACUCCUCCCACAGCCUGGUCUGGGUCGCCGGAGGUAUUGCGACUGGUACGGCACUGUGCGUCAUGAUCCUCACCGAUACAGUCCACCCGCCCGGAGGCGCUACAGCGUUGUUAGCUGCUACCAGUCCGCCGGUGAUCAAGCUCGGCUGGAGGUACCUGCCGGUCGUGCUGCUGUCCAGUGUUAUUAUGACCGUCUGGGCCAUGCUCUGGAUGAAUCUUGGUAGGGCAAGGUAUCCCCAUUACUGGUUAUGGCCCGUAGGCCAUCCUAACGACCAGAGAGAUUUCCGCGUCAAGUUCCCCGGCUUCGAAACCGCCAAAAAGAAGCUCGAAACCAGCUCCAACAAGUCGUCCUAA